AUGGCGAGCUCCAGCGACACGCUACCGCCUGAGUUCCUUCAGAGAGCCCAGCAAGGAGGCAUCGUCGUCACAGAAAUCCCUAAACUGGACUUGGAAUCCUACAUACAGAAUUACAGAGGCCGAACCAGGCUCGACCGGCUGCUCACCAUUGCCCGGACGUCAACCGUCCUCAGUGUGGAUGCGUUGAAGCUCGCCAUCCACGAGGUGGUCUCCAGGGGAAGAGAUGUCCAGCUCUACCGCGAUGCCUAUGAGCUCCUCCGUGUGCUAGGCCCUGACGAGCCGGAGGCUGAAUACAACAGCGUCUGGGUCAGCGAGACGGAAAAGGCGAACCGAUCAGAGACGCACCAUCUCGAGGCGGAGCUCAAGAAAUACAAAAACAAUCUGGUCAAGGAGUCCAUAAGGAUGGGCAACGAGGACCUUGGAAAGCACUUUGAGAAAAUCGGCGAGUUGGCGCUAGCGUAUGAGGCCUACUCUAAGUGUCGGGCGGACGUCAGUUCAGCAAAGCACAUCAUCGAGGUCGGCUUGCACCUGGCUCGUCUGUCUCUCUACCGCCGUGACUGGUCCGCCGUCACGACCAACGUGAAUAAGAUGAGCGGCUUACAGACGGAGGGCGCCACCGGCACCGACAAGGCUCAACAGACAAUAUGCAAUAUCAUGUACGGACUCUCCUACCUCGGCCAGGCUAAGUACCCCGAGGCAGCACGAAGCUUCCUGCAGGUUGACCCGACGGUCAGCCCCGACAAUUUCGACCAGUUUGCCAGCCCCAAUGACAUCGCAGUCUACGGGGGUCUGUUGGCACUCGCUACCAUGAGCCGGCCGGAGCUCAGCGGGGUGCUGGACAACUCGAGCUUCCGCACCUUUCUCGAGCUCGAGCCUCAUAUUCGCAGGGCCAUCUCCCAGUUCGUCAAUGGCAGGUAUUCGGCCUGCUUGUCUAUUCUCGAGUCGUACUACCCAGACUACCUCCUUGACAUCAACCUGCAGCCUCACCUCAAGCACUUGUACAGCGUGAUCCGUGGCAAGUGUAUUUUCCACUUUGUCCAGCCGUUCUCUUGCGUCACUAUCGACAACCUGAACGCUGCGUUUUCUCCACAAGGGGGCUCCAUCGAUCAAGAGUUGGUGGACAUGAUAGGAAAUGGUGCUUUGGAUGCUCGCAUCAACGCCAUCGACAGAGUUGUGACCAUUACCUCUCCGAAUCCCCGUGCGAAGAUGCAAGCGGCAUCUCUAGCUGCUGCAAAGAAUUACGAGAAGGAGGCCCUAGAUCGCAUCCGGCGCAUUGGCAUCGUGUCUGCGGAUCUUGAGGUCAAGGGAAAGCACAAGAACCAGGGAGCGGCCGCUCUUGGAGCCUUGCAGGGUACAGGCAUGAGAUGGGGAGAUGGUCCAAAUGAGGGCGGCAUGGACGACUACCCUGGUUCCCAGCCUCAGGGACCAUCUUCAAUCGCGAUGAGCGACUUGAUUUAA